GUUUCCUCUGAGCAGUGAGGCCUGAGAGGAUGCAGGCCUGGGAUGGCUCCUGGCUCCGGGGCCCGGCAGCUACUGGGUGCCAACUGUCCCUUCUGCAGCUGCUGGCGUGGGGCCCGGGUUCGGGGAGAGGCGAGAGCAUCACAGGAUCCCUGUGUGUGUGUGCUGGUUCAGAGGAGCCCUCACCAGCUGACUCCCCAGCUGCCAAGAUGCCUGUGGCUGCCACCAGCUCCGACUUGGCCAUGCAGCAGGUCCUGGACAACCUGAGCGACCUGCCCAACUCCACUGGGGCGGCCGACCUGGACCUCAUCUUCCUCCGAGGCAUCAUGGAGAGUCCAAUAGUAAGAUCCUUGGCUAAGGUACAGUCGCAUGGGGUGGCCGGGGAAGCGGCGAUGGCCGAGUGUGAACCUGCUAUUCCGGAUGAAAUGCAGCCUCCCUGCCCCCUUCUUCCUGCCUCAGGUGCCUUGGGCUGGGUCCUGCUGCCGCCUGGUCCCUGGCGUUCCCUGCCUGGGCCGCGAGUGGGUUGGGGGGCUGCUGCCAGGCCGGGCUGUCUGACGGGCAGAGUCGGCCGGGGGUGGCCCCGGGGCCUGGCUCGCGCAGGACUGAGCGCUCCCCCUCCGCAGGGCGUGACGUUCCGGGUGGAGCGGGGCGAGCUGGUGGUGGCCCGCAUCCUGCACGGCGGCAUGAUCGACCAGCAGGGCCUGCUGCACGUGGGCGACGUCAUCAAGGAGGUGAACGGCCAGGAGGUGGGCAACGACCCCAAGGUGCUGCAGGAGAUGCUGAAGAACGCCACCGGCAGCGUGGGCCUCAAGAUCCUGCCCAGCUACCAGGAGCCCCACCCCCCCCGGCAGGUGUUUGUCAAGUCCCACUUCGACUACGACCCGGCUAGCGACAGCCUCAUCCCCUGCAGGGAGGCCGGGCUGAAAUUCACCGCAGGGGACCUGCUGCAGAUUGUCAACCAGGACGACCCCAACUGGUGGCAGCCUCGCGCAGACACUUCGCGGAAGCCCAAGGACCACGAGAAGGACGGGCAGGGCUACUGCUUCGUCUCGCGGGGGGAGAUGGAGGCAGACAUCAAGGCCGGCCGCUACCUGGAGCACGGCGAGUACGAGGGGAACCUCUACGGCACCAAGAUCGACUCCAUCCACGAGGUGGUGGAGUCCGGCAAGAUGUGCAUCCUGGACGUGAGCCCGCAGGCGGUGAAGGUGCUGAGAACGGCCGAGUUCGUCCCCUACGUGGUCUUCAUCGAAGCCCCCGACUACGAGACGCUGCGAGCCAUGAACAAGGCAGCACUGGAGAGCGGCGUGGCCACGAAGCAACUCACGGAGGCCGAUCUGAAGCGGACGGUGGACGAG